AUGACCGCACCGACCCGAAGUCGAGGAGAGCCAUCCGGAUCGAGUGAAAUGGGUCGCGAGUGGAUUUCGGUGCCUACUCGAAAUUGUUUGGGUAUUAACAAAGAGAAUAAAAAGAAGUUCGCGUUUUCAGUUUGCGGGCUACUUCCUCACACUGACUACUUUUCCUGUUGUAUAAGGCGAGCUACUAGCAGUGGAGUUCGGCCGCGUCAGGCACUUCUUUCUGGCCUCUCACACUGGGCUCCCGCUGCGAUGACGAACCGGGCACCUGGAUCGGCCUCCGCUUCGGCGAGCACUACCAACUCGCAAGGAGUGCUAAUGGUCGGCCCAAAUUUCAAGGUUGGGAAGAAGAUUGGCUGCGGAAACUUUGGAGAACUACGACUUGGAAAAAACCUCUACAAUAACGAACACGUAGCUAUCAAAUUGGAACCGAUGAAAAGCAAAGCUCCGCAACUUCAUCUGGAAUAUAGAUUUUACAAGCUCCUGGGGCAGUCGGAAGGACUUCCACAGGUUCAUUAUUUCGGACCAUGUGGGAAGUACAACGCACUGGUUAUGGAAUUACUCGGACAUUCCUUAGAGGACCUGUUCGAUCUCUGUGACCGCCAUUUCUCACUCAAAACUGUGGCUAUGGUGGCAAUGCAAUUGAUCCGGCGGAUAGAGUACGUCCAUACUAAGCAUCUCAUUUAUCGCGACGUCAAGCCGGAAAAUUUCCUAAUAGGACGAUAUUCAACUAGAAAACAGCAUGUACUUCACAUUAUCGAUUUUGGUCUUGCUAAGGAAUACAUCGACUGUGAUACGGGUAAGCACAUUCCUUACCGAGAACACAAGUCACUGACCGGUACAGCACGGUAUAUGUCAAUAAAUACCCAUCUUGGGAAGGAGCAGUCGCGAAGAGACGACUUGGAAGCUCUUGGACAUAUGUUCAUGUACUUCUUGAGAGGUAGCUUGCCGUGGCAAGGACUCAAGGCUGACACUUUAAAAGAAAGAUAUCAGAAAAUUGGAGACACAAAACGGCAGACUGCUGUUGAAGUCCUGUGUGAAGGGUUUCCAGAAGAAUUUGCUCAAUAUCUCCGUUACGCCCGUCGUCUUGAUUUCUUUGAAACUCCCGACUACGACUACUGCUACAAUUUAUUUAAAGCUGUUCUUGAUCGAUUAGGAGCUAGUUAUGAUUACGAGUUUGACUGGACACCCAAAUUGAACAAUGUGUCUACACCUUCCGGGUCGUUACACACUGGUGAAACCAAGGAUAGUAAAAGAGAGCGAACGGAUGCUCUCAAACCUAAUCACGCCUCCACACAUCCCUUUGGAUCUACGCAGGUGAUCAAUUCGAAUACUGGUGAAGUGGGCGACGACGCAGGAGGUGGUCGAGGCGGAGAUAUGCAUCGCCAAGAUGAGCAGUCUGGCGAGAUGUCCUUCCAUACACCGGUAAAGGCACUAAAUCCUGUGGAUACGAAAUUGCCUGAUCAUGUUGUCAAGGGUGCGGUUAUAGUGGAUGAGCUUAUCAACAGGUGGAACUCUAACGUUGUGCUCGAAGCCAAUGGACCAAUGUCUGCAUUCAUCGUUAUUGACAAGAAGUCGGGUGACGUGAAUGAGGUGAUAAAGCAUGUUGUGCACGAACUAAAGCUUCCUUCUAGCGAAAGCUAUGGGUUAAUAUUCGAAGAACCGAAAGCAUUCCUUACUUCGAGUAAUCUCCAUCGAAUUAGUCAUGGAUUCAUGCUUACUGUCACUGCUGCUCCUAAUCACUACGUGGAACAACUCAGUACUGCUAUAAUGAAUCGACAUGAUUUUGAGAAUGUCGAAUCGGCCUUAAUCACACUUGAUGCUUUUUCUUCGGAUCCCUGCUUCGUUGCUUAUUUUUACUCUCUUUCAAAGAUUCAACUGUUAUAUGAUCUUUUGGCUGAUGAAAGAAUUGAGAGCAGCCAAUCUUCUCUUAAUCUUUGCCUUCGUUCAAUCUGUUCUAUGCUAGACCUCUCAGUCCAAGGAGUCGGCUGGAGCUCUGCUUCCGCAACUCUUGUUAGCAAACUGGCCACACUUGUUACUGGAAAAGCAAAGCGAGAGGAUUCGAACGUGGUACUGAUUGCUCUGCGUAUGAUUGAGAACCUUCUGAAUAGUGAUAGCGCCAGCAUCCGCUUCGCCGUUCUUGAAGAGGUGCCUGCACAGUCUCUCAUCCGUCAUCUCGAGAAAUCGGACGAACGCGUAGCUCUAGCUGCCUUGUCUCUCAUGAAUGCGUUGCACGACAAGAGCGAUCCUUCUGCUCGUGAGCAAAUUGUAAAGCACUUUGCCUCUAUGCCUUUUCGUGCUGCAAUCAGUGGAAGUGUUCUAAGAGAGGGUCGUGGACGAAAUGCUUCACUUUUGAAUCAACUCGUUCCACUACAACGCUUAUUGAUUGCUGAGAGCACUAAGGUACUGGGAAUCCCUACAACGGAGACCGAUGUGGAUGCACUUCUCGCUCGAGAAGUUGUUCGUGCUUCUGCAACAGGCGAAGAGCGACUGAAAAGCUGGGCAGAACAAUUGCUGGCGUCACCACUGGGGAAGCUUGCUAUCGACACGUUCUCCACAUAUGCUGAACAAAAUUGUGAAGACUUAAGAAUUCUGGUAUCAGAAAAUUCGAUGCGCACCAGCACAGCCGCUUGGCAGUUGGUCCCCGUCUGGAUGCACUGUAUCUCCAUCGUCGCUGCCGUUCUCGGAGUUAUUCCUACCGAAGAAGAAUGUGUGGAAAAGUUGAUCGAGCUAUUAUUUCGCUGCGACUCAUCUUUCAACUCCCUUUUUGCUGUCACAGUACAGCUUUUCCAUCGUACCUGGCGGGAGAUGCACGCAUCGCAGGAUGAGCAUGAAAAGGUUGCCAACGUUGUUCAUGAACAACUACGACGUGCUGCUAACAAUCGACCAGCCAACCUGACUACACUUGAGGAACUUCUGCUUUCCCUUCCUUAUUGGAAAAUGAAGGAGCUGUGGAAACGGGAGCUAAUAGAGAAAGAAAAUAAUCAGCUGAGCAGCGAAGUGGUUGGUGAACUUCGGAACCUUCUCAAGCCAUCCAUUGAGCAGUUGGUUAGAACCAAUAGAAAAAAUGCGUUAAGGCAAGGAUUCACGUUUAGACGUCAGGUGAAGGGUAAAACUCCCCAUAAAGGCGAAGAUCAGUACUGUUUUUGGAAGUUGGAUGCAUCUGAUUUGCUCUGUCUGACCGACACCGAUGUUGAUCCAUAUGUUGAAGGAGUGUCUCACGUUGGAAACGUUCGUAAAAUUGCGGUCAAAGACAUUGCAUCGGUGGAACGCAUCGAGGAUAUGACGGGGCGGAAAAGUGGAGCGCAUUCGAUGCGAUGUAUUCGAAUUGUGCUUCACGACGGAAGUUCUAUAAGUGGAGCAACAUUUUCCGAUAGAGUUCUUUCUGCUUGGUUGGAUGGACUCAUGGAUCUCACUGGUAGCACAUCAUUGAGUCACGACGCGAUGUCAACGGCAGAUCGUUUACUCAACAUUGAACUACGGCUAAGGCUGAUGGAUGUCCCAAAUCCACAAACAGCUACGGAAAUUCCUCCGCUGCCCGCAGAUUUUAAUUGGGUGAAGCCGCUCUUUACGCAAGAUUUGAAGCUGUGGGUUUUCGACCUUGAAAUUUCAACUGACGUAUCUCUACUUAAACUUUACUCCAUUAAUCGAAAUAAGAAGCAAAGAGAAUUCUUCGGAUGCUUUUUGAGAAUCCUUAUGGUAUUUGGAGAAGUGGGACUGCAAGAGGUUGUUGAGCUGUUGGAAAAAAGUGAAGCUGAAGUGGGUAUCUGCGGACAGAAACCAUGA